AGUGAAGAGAGACACUGGACAGAGGCGCUAGUCACAGGGAGGCGGUCAGUAGCUCAGGGCUUCUAGUGGGCAGGGCCUUGAGGGUACCGGAGCUGGGAAGGGUGUCACCAGCAGCAGCUGCCACUGUCCCCUUCACUGAGCAUUCCUGUCCUCCAGUGACUGAGCGUCUCUGGCCUCCAGUGCCAACGCAGAGGACAGCCAUGUGGCAGAAAGUGCUCCUGCUUGGAGGGCUCAUUGUGCUGCAGACCCAGGUCUGCAGCUGCAGAUUUGUGGACAUUGAUCAGAACUAUGGCUACUUUACCAUCUGUUUGGAGUAUGCUGUGUUUCAGUUCAACGAGAACCAGGAAGAUGAGUACGCCUACAAGUUUCUGCAGGUCCAGAAGAGCCAGCACAAGAGAGACACACUGAUAUAUCUAAUGGAUUUGGAAUUGGGCCGCACAACUUGUAAAAAACAUGACGAAGACAUCGACAAUUGCCCAUUGCAAGACGGCGCAGGAGAGAAAACGGUUCUCUGCACGUUUGUCGUGGAUGUCCGACCUUGGUUUUCUGAGUUCAAACUCCUGAACAGCACCUGUGUGCAGGAAACGUGGUGACGGAGCCCCUGGCAGUUCACGGGGGAAGCCCCCUCUUCCUCUAGAAUAUGACAAUCUGUAGUCCCAAGUCUCUGCAGCACCAGCAGAAUUAAACGCAUCUCAGCAUUU